CUUAAAUUUCCCUUUGGUUUCUAUGUUCUUCUAGAAGAGAUAUCAUCUUUUCUCCCUUUUUUGUUCUAUAUUUUUUCUGCACUGGUUAUUGCAGUAGCACUCUUUGUCUCUGUUGGAUAAUCACUGAACUGCAUUCAGGGUUCUGAGCCAAUUUCUGUCACCUUUUGCUUUGGCUUCUGGCCUGGUCUUUCCAAUUUUCUUCUGGUUCAUGGUCAGUUAAGUUUAGUAAUGCAGAUCUGUUUCUUAUGUGGACUUUAAAUUCAUCAGGGAAGAGUCACGGCCAUGAACCGGAAAGUCUAAUCCCCUGCUUUCUUGGUGAUGGAGCUGAAGGUCUGGGUGGAUGGUGUCCAGCGCAUUGUAUGUGGCGUCUCAGAUCAGACCACCUGCCAGGAGGUUGUCAUAGCAUUGGCACGUGCCAUUGGUCAGACGGGUCGGUAUGUUCUCAUUCAGAGACUACGGGAGAAAGAGAGGCAGCUCCUCCCCCAUGAAUGCCCAAUAGAGUCUCUGGCCAAGUGUGGACAGUAUGCCAGUGAUGUUCAGUUUAUAUUGCAGCGCACGGGCCCCAGCCUGACGGAGAGGCCUUCUUCAGAUAAUGCCCCACAGGUUCCUGAGAGGACGUUUGUCAGGGCCAGCUUGCCUAUCAAGCCAAGGCUGGUCAGCACAGAAGUGCCGAGGCCCAGGCAGCCCAAAAAAUCCUUAACCUUCAACUUGGGUCCUGUGGCUUCCAGCGAUUUGCUUGCAAAGAACAAGCUAAGGCAGCCCAAGAAAGACAUUGUGGGUUUGAGGGAUGGUGCCAGUGGUGGCCCGCUGUCCAAAGAGGAGCUAUUCAAGACUGUCCUGCACCAGCAAGAGCAUCUCCAGUCCCUGGAGGUGCAGGGGGAUGCCUUGGAAACAGACAUCAGGCACUGGGAAUACAGUCAGGGCUCCUGCCAGGAGGAUGAGAUUCGACAUCUCGAGCAGGUGAUCCGGCAAAACGAGAGUGAGCUGAAUGAGGAAGAAUUUUGGCACAAUGAACUGCGUUCUGAGAAAGAGCGUGAAAGGGAGCGUCAGGAGAAAGUGCAUAGCCUGCAGGCCACCAUGCAGGAGUACACACAAAAAAUCCAUGAGCUUAUGAUGAAAACAGAGGCCUUGGAGAGGGAAAUCCAGCGGGAAAUUGCAGACAGAUCCAAGAGGGCGAAAGAAGUUCCUACACAGAGCCCUGCUGAACUGGAAGAGAUGGCAGCUAAAAUGAAAAGGGACCUGGAAACCAAAGUCAAGCAGAGCACCCAUUUGGAAAGCAGCCUGGAGAUGGUGGCAAAGGCCUUGGAAGAAACAGAGCAGAACCUUCAGGCCCAGAACCAGGAGCUGGAGGAGCUAAAUAAGGAACUGAGGCAGUGUAACUUGCAGCAGUUCAUCCAGCAGACGGGAGCCAUGGUGACUGCACCGCAGGCCAGAUCAGAGGCGGAACCCCAGCUGGAUCAAACUAGCCAUGAGCUGCCAGCUCAUCAGAGAAAUGGAGAUGUCUCCAAUUCCAGCACAGACUCACCUCCCCGGGCCACCGCCAAGCAGUUCCUGGGCCAUCCACGGAACCUUCAGAACCCCCUGGUGUCCAGCUUGAACCCUGAGGUCAUAUCAGCAAAGCAGAGCAUCUGGAGGUAAAAAGGCCAGCCAAGGAGGACUGAUUGCCUUGCGAAUAUAACUAUGUAGAAAUAGAACUCUAUUUCAUGUAUGUAUUUGACUUCUUUUUGUUGUGAAUUAUGAAUGUAGAUGGUUGUGCAAAUAUUUUUACAGACUUUUUUAAAAAAAGAAAAAAGAACGUAAUCCAUUUGGAGGAAAUAGACUGCUUGUAUUUUUUUAAAUCUCUUUUGUUAUGAUUUUCAAUAAAGAUACUGUUUGUGGCUUCUCUGAAAAUAUUUUUAAAGCAUUUCUAUUUUAAGACUUGAUCACAUGCAAGAUUACUUGGGAGCAAAUAGCUACUGCCCUGGAGUAGUGUGAAACUUGCCCGUAUAUGAGCUGUCCAAAGCAUGUAGUAGCAAGUUCUCUACAUCUGCUCUGAAAGAUAUACUGUAAGCUACUGCCGUACAAGGAAGGAUCGUGUUGUCAGCCAGACCUCCUUACAGGACUGUAUCAAUGCACUGUAUGUAUGUGUUGUUGAGCACCCGUUUGUAUGUUGUUUUUGGUUAGUUAUUUUGUGGAAAUACACAUCAUUUUAGUUAGGGAGGGAGAAAUAAUUCUGUUCCUUUUGUGAAAAUCAUAUAAAUCCAGAAAAAUUUCACUGAGAUACAGUCUUCUUGGCCUUCAUUGCUCCCUGCUUAUGUUGCUGUUUAUCCCGAGUCUGUAUUUAGGAAUGACCUUUCAGAACUGGUAAAAUGAGAUUCAGGUGCUAGCACAGUCUUGCCAUUAUAUGACUUGUGCCAAAUAUUAAAUUUUUCUAGUUCUGUAGAAGAAGAACUAACAGUGUUUAAGCUUGUACAUGGGUAAAUAUAUUUAUUGUCUGUAUAGCUUUAUGAUGGAGUGUAUAAUAGUUUUGAAUCCUAGACUAUUCUAAGGUCCAGAGCAAACUUCCCAAAGCAGGUGAACUGCAGAUUACUGUGUGACAGUCUUGAACUUGAAUUGGUGAUGGCAGGCAGCAUAAAGUGCUCUCCU